AUGGAAGACCCAAUAGCAUAUUUAAAACGUUCCGUUGAAAUUUUAAUUUCAAUUGAUUCUAAAUCAAAUGCUUUUGUAAAUACAGUAGUAUUCCUCAACAUUUUCUUUACAGAAAAGGAUAGAUUUGAUACAAAUUCUUUAGUUCAAACUAACAAAGAAUUAAUUUUUCACGUUUUGAACCAAUUAAUCAGUAUUUUAGUCAAUAUUGAUCAAAGUGUAACACCUUUAUUUAACUCAUUAAUCGGAAAUAUACUCAUUCAUAUUCCAGAUUUAAAUUUCAUUUUUGAUUUAAUCCACAACCAGAAUGAAAACGUGUUUGUUGCUGGAUUCGAGUCAUUUAAACGGGUGUUUAGCAGUUUAUAUCCUCAAGAAGCAAAGCAGGCUCUAAAUACCAUUACAAACCUUUUAUUAAAUGAAAUUCAAAAAAAUGAAAAUGAAAUAUUUUUGGAAAAUCUCUUUUCUACAUUCAACACUGCAUUUAGAGGAUACCCACGUACAAUUAGCAAUGAUGUUCUAAAUGAGCUGUUAUCAUUCAGCUUGAAAAACUCAAAAAAUUCGAAUUUUUUAAAUCCAAUUUGUGAAUUUCUCAAAUCAAUCAUCGAUGUUCUCCCUGUUUUUGCUACAUCGAUCACUGAAUACAUAACAAACAUAUUUAUUGAGGUAGGAUCAUUGAAUAUCAUCAAAUCUUCUGAUUUUUUAAUUGAUUUUUUCAAAUCUGUAGAAAAUGAUCGAGAGCUACUUGUUUUUGACUCAAUGUGGCAGACUGUUUUCAAUUUUAUACUAGAAAGUGUGAAUUUGGACAAUUUUGAAGUUUUAUCAGAUUUAAUUUUUUCAAUGUGCGAUUAUUUUGAAUACCAAAGCUGUUUAUGCAUUGAAAACUUUACUGGUCUUCUUGAUACUGAAAAUUAUUUACGAUCUUCGCUAAUUAUUAAAUUUAUUGAUCAUUCUCUAGAAUACUCAAGAGAUUUAGAACAAUAUUAUCAAUUUUCUAUGAUUUUAACCAAUUUUAAUAUCUCUUCUUCUAUUCAUUACUUUGGAUCUCUUUUAGAUUUUUCUGAUGACCAAAUUUUUUUAGAAUUUGCAUGCAAUAUAUUUAAUAAUAUAGAACCAUCUGAAUUUAUAGAUGUUACUGAUAUCCAAAGGCUUGGUUUUAAGAUUAUAAAGCAAAAUCCGGAUGAUUUCAGCGUUGCGUUGAAAAUAUUUCAAUUGAGAAGCUUUGAUAACUCAGAAACAUAUAAAUAUACUAAAAAGGUAAUGAAUGAAGCAUCAUUUGAAGUUUCUACAGAAUUAAUUCAAAUAAUCAAAAAUGAAUAUUAUUCUUUUUAUAUUCAAGACAGAAUUUUCCUCACAGAAGCAAUUUUGCAGUAUCUAGAUACAAACAAAGAACUCCUUUCACCAGAAAUUUUUGUUGAAUUUGGAAAUUUAUUUUUGAAUGAGAAUAACUUUACAGAAGAUUACUCUCAUCAAUUUUCUAUUCCUAUUUCAUACUUUGUUCGCAACUGUGGGCAGCUAUUUGAAUCGAAUUAUCCUUCCUGUAUAGAGUUAGCAAUAAAUUGCUUAAAAAUUGAAGAUGGUUUUGAGCAAAUCUUAGAUGGUGCUAUUUUAAUUGAUGAAUUGAUUAAAGAAAAUGCAGUUCCUCAAGAAUUUUUCGCAGAAAUUGUUCAACAACUGUCAAAAUACACAAUUGACAAAAAUCUAAGAUGGAUAACUCGUGGAUCAUGUUAUUUAGCAAUAUGUGAUAUAUAUAAGUCUCUAGAUAUUGAUGAAUUUUUUGUGAAUUUAUUUAAUGAAAUUUAUAGUCAAAAAGAAGAGCUUUUUGAUCAAGAUUUAAUUGAUGAUUUAGAAACAACUGAUGCUAUUAUCUCUCUUUUGCUGUCUCUCAUUCAAAUUUCCAAAUCAAACCAGAAUUAUUUGCAGAAACUAUUAGAGUUAAUUGUUUGUAUAUCUAAGUUUGACGAAUAUCCUGAAAACUUGCUUAACUUCUUCCUUCAAGCGUUGAUUUAUUCAUUCGUCCAAUGUAGGGAUGAAAUUAAUAAGAUUAUUCAGCAAAAUCCUCAGAUUAAUGAAAUUAUAAUGAAAUCUAAGAAUAUAUUUCCAUCAAUUUACAAUAUUAUUGUAGAUUUAUCACUUUAUGAUAGCAAUUGA